GCCAAAGAAAAGAGGUGGGUCUUGAGCUGUGCUUUGAAAGACUCUGUAGAGGGAGCAGAUCUGAUGUGGAGAAGCAGUUUGUUCCACAGAGAACAUUUUAUUGAAUAUUAAACAAAAACUGGAUUUCUGAGACACUUUAUCUUUUAAUACUUGUGGUAUUUGCAUCCAUCUCCGCAUCCCACCUCCCAAUUAUCCCAGUGGGCUGGACCGGUCACCACACGAAGACUCCUCAUUGGCUCAGUCUGCUGCCAAUCACAGCCUCAUCCUGUAGCCUCCUAGUUGCGAAUUCACUCCAACACACCAGAAGUCAGAAAGUCAAAUUUCACCACCAAGGGGACAGAAAAGGGAAGAGGUAAACGAUCCGGUUAUUCUGAGUAUUCCUGUCAGUCCUUCACAGUAAACAAGUGUUAUUACACUUUCUUAUAUUGUCAACGUUUCUCAUUAAUGUGGUUUUGUAGUGUGCAAAAAAAAAAAAAAAGGAGGUUAAUUGGACUUGAGGACUUGUUGGCUCCUUUUCUCUCCGGCAUUUUUACGCGCAGCUGUUUUGCGCACCUGAGUCCUGCAGCGUCAACAUGACUUUAACGCAUCUGAGCUACUAAACAGUCAUGGUGACACUACUUGCCGGUGACACGGUGAGCCUCGGUGAUUGUGGAGUAACCACCGGAGUCCAGGUAUCCUCAGGGAGAGCUGAUGUGGCCGUCUGGAGGAGCGCAUCAGUCUGAUGUCAGCCGGGAUUUGAGUGAGAGCAGGCAGGAGUUUGUUGGGAUGCAACAGAAACCUUAGAGAGACAAUAAUCCACCGGCUACUCUCCUCUGGAUCCAACCCGGAGCCAUGGCCUCUGAGGUGGUGUGCGGGCUGGUCUUCAGGUUGCUGCUGCCACUGUGUCUUGCAGCUGCUUGCCUGUUCAGGUACAAUGCCCUGUCCUUCGUCUACCUCAUCUAUCUCCUGCUUAUCCCACUCUUCGCAGAGCCCUCAAGCACAACAAUGCAAGGCCACACAGGGCGUCUGCUGCAGUCCCUCUGCUUCACCAGUAUGUCCUUCCUGCUGCUCCACAUCAUCUUUCAGAUUACCAUCAACAGCCUCCUGGCCGUGGACCGUAUCUACUCCAACUUCAGCUGUUCCACGUGGGAGAAAUCCAUAAGACAAAUUGGCUUCGAGAGUGUGAUUGGUGCAGAUGCGGGGAACGGGAUCCGAGUGUUCAUCCCUGAUAUCGGCAUGUUCGUGGCCGGCUUGGCCAUCUGGCUGCUGUGUCGCAGUCUGGUCCAGAAGAGGCCGCCUGAGGACUCGGCCCAGGACAACGCCGACUUCGAAGCAGAGGAACAAGAAGAAGAGGAGAAGCUGAGCCUGGAAGACAACAUCCUGCUCGAGGAGGACUUUGAAGCGGGGUACGAGGCCGAGGAGGAUGAAGAGGAAGAGGAGCUGGAGGAGGAGGAAGAGGAGGCGGAGGAGGAGGAGGAAGCAAAGGAGAGCACCAAGAGGAAGAUCCUGCGGCACGUGCAGGAGGUUGCGUCCAAGGUGAAGGAGAUUAUCGGGAACUUGAUCACGACUGCGGGGAAGGUGGUGGUCACCAUCUUGUUGGGCAUGACAGGUAUCAUGCUGCCCUCGUUGACCUCGGCCGUCUACUUCUUCAUCUUCCUGUUCCUGUGCACCUGGUGGUCCCUCUGCCGGACCUUCGACACACUCAUCUUCAGCUGCAUGUGCGUCCUGAUGGCCAUCUUUAGCGCUGGACACCUCAUUGUCCUCUACCUCUACCAGUUCCAGUUCUUUCAAGAGACCAUCCCACCGGAUGAUGCAUACAUUAGUGUAUUUGGCUUCUCCCCCAUUGUUCAGAGCAACUGCUCUUACACAUGGAAGAUCAUUGUGCACCCGGGGCGUAAGUGGUACUACUUUGUCAAUCCCAUCAUGCUGCUGAUUCUCUACUACACCCUGGCCACGCUCAUCCGCCUCUGGCUGCAGGAACCCAUCGACCAGUUGACGGACUGCAAGGACGGCGAUAUGUAUGAGGAGGAAGAUCCGGAUGGAAUCAGAACGAAUAACUCGGCCAACGGGAAGAGGAUGAAGUGGUGGGAGUCACGCCAGUGCACAGAUGAGAGAAACCUCCUCUCCACCCUGGAUGGCUUCAGUACAACUGAGGCUGUGCCCAACGGGACGUCCUUUGACUUCGUCACAACUGAGAACGGACCAGUCUGUCUAGACUUGUAUUCCACCCCCCAGUAUAAGUUGGACCAGCCCAGUGACGGUACAGAGAAGAAGGAGUGUGUGUAUGAGGUGUGUGUUCCACCGGAGGAAUCGGCGCUGGAGGGAGGAGAGGAGAAGUCUGAGGGAGGAGAGGAUGGGAUGAAGGAAAGAGGAGUCAGUGCGAUGGUCAAAAUCUUCCACUUCGUCAUGAAACAGAGCUACAUCUGUGCUCUCAUAGCCAUGAUGGCGUGGAGCAUCACGUAUGUCAGCUGGCUGACGUUUGUCUUCCUCCUCUGGUCUUGCAUGCUGUGGAUGGUGAGGGACCGGAGGCGUUACGCCAUGCUUUCUUCCCCCUUCAUGGUGGCCUACGGCAACCUGCUGAUAGUUCUGCAGUACAUUUGGAGUUUUGAGGACAUGGACUAUAAGAAAGUCUCUGGGUUCUUUGUCAAGAAGAACAACCCUUUCCACUCAAUUUCAUCCAAGGUCCUGUGUCUGCUGAGCUUCUGGCUGCUGCUGAGACAAACGCUUACAGAGAGAUUGGAAAAACAAGAAGAAGACAGUGCUGGUCUCUCAGAUGUUCAUGUGGAUGAUCAGAAGAAGAAGGAGGAAGAGGACUCCGAGGAGGGCGGUGAGCAGGACAUCAUGCAGGUUCUGGGCAAUAUGGUCAUGGCUAUGCUGGUCAAAUACUGGAUCUACAUCUGUGGCGGCAUGUUCUUCUUUGUCAGCUUCGAGGGAACCAUCGUCAUGUACAAGAUCCUCUACAUGAUGAUGUUCCUCUCCUGUGUGGCGCUCUACCAGGUGCACUAUGAAUGGUGGCGAAGGAUCCUGAAGUACUUCUGGAUGUCAGUGGUGAUGUACACCAUGCUGGUCCUCAUCCUGGUCUACACCUUCCAGUUUGACAACUCGCCGCCCUUCUGGAUGAAUAUGUUGAACAUGAACCAAACGGGCUUGGACGACCUGGGCCUGGAGACGUUUAAUGUCUCCAUGCUGUUCACAAGGAUUUUCAUUCCCGCUUCCUUCCUGCUGGUGUGUAUCCUCCACCUGCACUACUUCCACGACCGCUUCCUCCAGCUCACCGACCUCCAGGCUGUAGUGGCCAAAGAGCAGAGCACUAUCUACAGACUGGUGCACCAGGAUGGCAGCCUGGCAGACCUCACCAUGCUCAGCGGCAGCUCGGUGGAGGCAACGCUGUCCAGAGAGGAGCAGGAGCCGCAGGGAGAGUGGAGGUCGGAGAAGGAGAAGGAGAAGGAGAAGGAGAAGGAGAAGGAGAAGGAGAAGGAGCAGGAGCAGGAGCAGGCCUUGGUGGUGGUGAUGAAUGACACUGACAUGACUGGCGAGAAGUCCAAGAGCUUCUCCGACCAUCGGCAGUCCAGCACGGAGGAGAGCCAACACUGCAGCGCGGGGACGGAGCCAGAGCCGAGCACCGAGCAGAGCUCAGAUCUGAAGAAUAAAUGGCACCUGGUGGUCGACCGUCUGACUGUGCUCUUCCUCAAGUUCCUGGAGUAUUUCCACAAACUGCAGCUGUUCAUCUGGUGGUUACUGGAGAUCCACAUCAUCAAGAUUGUGUCCUGCUAUAUUGUCCUGGUCUCUGUCACAGAGGUGUCUUUGUUCAACUAUGUGUUCCUGGCGUCCUGGGCCUUCGCUCUGCCCUACAGCAAGUAUCGGCCCCUUGCCUCCAGUGUUUGCACUGUCUGGACGUGUGUCAUCAUCGUAUGUAAAAUGUUGUACCAGCUGAAGUCUAUAGACCCCACAGAAUAUUCCAAGGCCUGCGUUAUGCCAGGAAGCUACUCUACUGACCAGCGGAAUGAGAUGAAGGACUCUCUGCUGUAUAAGGGGCCGGUGGAUCCAGCCAACUGGGUUGGCCUGGAGAAGUCUGCUGACCUGCUGGGCUACCUCAGGAACAACCUCUUGAUGCUGGCUCUGCUAGCAUUCGAGGUGACCAUCUACCGUCAUCAGGAAUACUUCAGACUGAGGAACAAACUGUCUACUCCCGCCGCCAGAAUUAUCUUCCAUGAUAUCACACGGCAGCAUCUGGACAUCGGCAUCAUCAGCUUCAUCAAAUACUUCAUCAACUACUUCUUCUACAAGUUUGGACUCGAGACGUGCCUGCUGUUGGGGGUCAACGUUAUCGGGCAGCGUAUGGACUUCUUCGCCAUGCUUCACGCCUUCGCCUUGAUCGCAGUCAUGUACAGACGCAGGAGGAAAGCCAUCGCUGAGAUCUGGCCCAAGUACUGCUUCUUCCUGGCCUGCAUGCUGACUUUCCAGUACUUUGUCUGCAUCGGGAUCCCACCAGCAGCCUGUAAAGAUUAUCCCUGGAGGUUUCCCAACUCGACUACAGACUCCAAAGUGGUCAUGUGGCUUUAUGUUCCAGAUUUCCGCACCCAACCCAAUCCAUCGUUCCUCAUCUAUGACUUCAUGUUGCUGCUGUGUGCCUCUCUCCAGAGGCAGGUCUUUGAUGAUGAGAACAAGGCGGCAGUCCGCAUCAUGGCCGGAGACAACGUGGAGAUCUGCAGAGACCUGGACGCAGCCUCUUUCAGCGUCCACAACCCCGUCCCCGACUUCAUCCACUGCAGGUCCUACCUGGACAUGCUGAAGGUCAUCAUGUUUAGCUACUUGUUCUGGUUUGUCCUCACCAUCAUCUUCAUCACGGGGACCACACGCAUCAGCGUCUUCUGUAUGGGCUACCUGGUGGCCUGCUUCUACUUCCUGAUCUUUGGUGGCGAGCUGUUGCUCAAACCAAUCAAAAAGAUCCUCCACUACUGGGACUUCCUCAUCGCCUACAACAUCUUUGUCAUCACCAUGAAGAACGUUUUGUCUAUCCUGGCUUGUGGCUACAUAGACACUCUGAUAAAGAAGAAGCAGUGCUGGUUGAUCCAGUCGCUCAGUUUGGCCUGCACCAUCAAGAAAUACAGCGGCGAUUCCGUUGUAGUUUUGAAGGAUUGUGAGCUGCCCAAAGACGAGGCCGGGAUCAUCUGGGACAGUAUCUGCUUUGCCUUCCUGCUGCUGCAGAGACGAGUCUUCAUGAGCUACUACUUCCUGCACGUGGUGGCUGAUAUCAGAGCGUCGCAGAUCCUCGCGUGCAGAGGGGCAGAGCUUUUCCAGGCCACGAUAGUGAAGGCGGUGAGAGCCAGACUGGAGGAGGAGCGCAAAUCUGUGGAGCAGCUGAAGAGACAGAUGGAGCGCAUUAAGGUGAGGCAGCAAAAGUUUAAGAGGGGCAAGGAGAGGAUGCUGAGCAUGGCGCAGGAGUCUGGAGAAGGACAGACCCUGGUCCAGCCCGAGGAGGAUGAUGAUGAUGGAGCACAGCGAACGAAAGCCAAGACCAAAAAAAAGCAGUGGUGGAGGCCGUGGGUUGACCAUGCUUCCAUGGUUAGAAGUGGAGACUAUUACUUGUUUGAAACUGACAGUGAGGAGGAAGACGAGGAGGAGGAGAAAAAAGAUGAUGAACAGCCAAAGAAGUCUGCGUUUCAGCGAGCUAUUGGGAAGUUUAUCUCUGCGAUUCUGGCUUUGCCCAAGUCUAUCAUUAAGCUGCCUAAAACUAUACUGCAGUAUGUGGUCAAGGCAGGAAAGUUUCUGUAUCACGCCUGGAUCACAGAUCCCAAAGCUGCCCUGAGAGCACGAGGCAAAGAGAAACGCAAAUUUUGGAAAAAAUAUACCAAAGGAGUUAGACGCAGAAAAAGCAAGAAAGAUGCAGGUCAUGUGACCGUAGAUGUUGGUGAGCUCUCCGAGGGGCAAGAAAAAGAUGAGGACAAGUCUAGUGGUCCAGACAACAUCAUCAAGCGAGUGUUCAACAUCAUAAAGUUCACCUGGGUGCUCUUCCAGACGACGGUGGACAGCUUCACCAGGUGGAUGAAUGACAUGUGCAGGGAGUACAUCGACAUCUCCACGGUGCUGCGUAUAGAGCGCUGCAUGCUGACCAGAGAGGUCAAAAAGGGCAACGUGCCGUCCAAAGAUAGCAUCCACGUCUACUACCAGAAGGCCAUGAGGCUCAACAUGUCCAGGCAGGCCAGUAUGGAUCAGCUAAGUGAGGACGAGUCAGGCUCGGGCUCCACCAGGGUCCGAAGAAGGCGAAGAGGCUACCCCAUGGAGAGCCAGGACUCCACAGCCUCCAGAGACAGCAUAUCCAGUGCCUUCACCGAGGCUACCACACUGUUUUCUCGCCAAUCCACCCUGGAGGACCUGGAUGGAAUGCCAGAGUGCGUUCUCAAAACCAGCGAGCGCGCCAGGCCCAAACUGGUUAAGAUGAUUGGCCUGGACGUGUCCAAUUCAUCCAUGGACAGCGGCAGCAGCUUCGUGUCCAGUGAAGCGACCCAGUGCGUCACGCUCUACUCCAGACAGGGCACCACAGACACCAUAGAAGAAGUGGAGGAUGAGCAGGAUCAAGGAGAAGACAAGCAGCGGCAAGUUCUCUGGGAAUCCCAACAGCUAGACGAGAGUGAGGAGGCCGAGGGCGGUGGCUGGAGUGAUGGAGAACCCAGGGAGAAAGAGGAGGAGGCGGAGGAGAUGGAGGGUGAGGACCAAGAGAGACUGGAAGGUGAGGAGGGAGUAGAGGUACCAGAGGACCAGGAGAGAGAAGAGGAUCCCUGGGACUCCUUUGGCCCAGAUGAGGGCCCCUCCCUCAGGCUGGAGGAGACAGAGUCUGCCCCUUCUGCCCUGGAGAAGGAUUUCAUUGAGAGUGAGGACGGGGGAGGACAUCAGGACUUCAUGCAGACAGAGGGGCGAGCAGGGCUCUCCUACACCCCUGAUACAGAUGCUUCCAAAGCGUCUGACGCUGACGUGCCUCCCAGCUACAGCAAAGCCGUCAGCUUCGACCGUCUGGAAGUUAGCGAUGACGAGAGUGACCUGGAUAGGAGGAGGGGCAUGGCUAUGACCUCUGACAGCCGCUCGGACAGCAGGUCAGACAUCAUGUUGCCCUCUAUGACCACUGACCUGACUGCCAGCGAACUGCUGCUCAACAAGAUGUUUUAUGAUGAGGAGCUGGAUCAGUCAGAGAGAUUCUACCAAAAACAGCCUCUGAUCCUCCAGCUCUGCUACGCCCUCUACAACAUGCUGGUGGCUCACUCAGAGAUGGUGUGCUUCCUGGUCAUCAUCAUCAACCACAUGGUAUCUGCCUCCUGUAUCACCCUGGUCCUUCCCACCACCAUCUUCCUCUGGGCCAUGCUGUCAGUGCCCCGGCCCAGCAAGCGAUAUUGGAUGACUGCCAUCAUAUAUACUGAGGUCACCAUCGUCUUCAAAUACCUCUUCCAGUUUGGCUUCUGGGAACACAACCAAAACAGAAAUAUCCAUAAAGGUCAACCAUAUCACCCUGCCAACAUCAUUGGAGUGGAGAAGAAGGACGGUUACGUCCUCUACGACCUGCUCCAGUUACUGGCUCUCUUCUUCCACAGAUCCAUUCUGAAGUGCCACGGUCUUUGGGACGACGACGACACCAAAGACAAGAGAGAGCCCUCUCGUCAGAGUGAGUCAGAGGACGAGGAAAAAGACAAGGCGGAGAGUGAGAAGGGGUCUGAACACGCCUCCUCGCUGAUGAGUGAGGGGAGAGGCUCCACUCACACCUUGAGAUCCAUAAACUUUGGGACCUCCAUUGAUUCAGGACAUGUCCAGGUGCACUUCCCGCAACAGCAGACCUACCAGCGUCGCAAGAGCUCCAGCGGAGGCUCACACAUUUCUCACCGGUCUCUCCACUCUUCUGCAAGGUCCAAGAGAGGAAGUACUGCUUCCCACAACAGCAGCCACAAGGACGGCAGCGAGGCCAGCGUCCGCCAGAAGACCCGCAAACAGAUGAUCAUGGAGAAGCUGAGGGAGCAGCUCCUCAAAGGAAAAGCUUUCAUCAUAAAACGGUUCAUGGAGAUCUACCUUCCUAUGCGUCAGUUCUUCUAUAACUUGAUCCACCCAGAGUACAGCGCGGUCACAGACGUCUACGUGCUGAUGUUCCUCGCUGACACAGUCGACUUCAUCAUCAUUGUGUUUGGAUUCUGGGCGUUCGGUAAACACUCGGCUGCAGACAUCACAUCAUCCCUGUCGGAGGAUCAGGUGCCGGGACCUUUUCUGGUCAUGGUCCUGAUCCAGUUUGGGACCAUGGUGGUGGACCGGGCCCUCUACCUCAGAAAGUCUGUCAUGGGCAAAGUCAUCUUCCAGGUCAUCCUAGUCUUUGGCAUCCAAUUCUGGAUGUUCUUUAUCCUGCCAGGAGUCACAGACAAGCGUUUCAACGAGAACAAAGUCGCUCAGAUGUGGUAUUUUGUCAAGUGCAUCUACUUCGGGCUGUCAGCCUAUCAGAUCCGCUGUGGUUAUCCCACCCGCGUUUUGGGAAACUUCCUCACCAAGAGCCACAAUUAUAUGAACCUCUUCCUGUUUCAAGGUUUCCGUCUGGUGCCGUUCCUGACGGAGCUGCGAGCCGUGAUGGACUGGGUUUGGACUGACACCUCGCUGUCUCUGUCCAGCUGGAUCUGCGUGGAGGACAUCUACGCUCACAUCUUUAUCCUCAAAUGCUGGAGAGAGUCGGAGAAGAGGUAUCCCCAGCCGCGAGGCCAGAAGAAGAAGAGGGUGGUGAAGUACGGCAUGGGAGGGAUGAUAAUAGCGCUGCUGAUCUGUAUCGUCUGGUUCCCGCUGCUCUUCAUGUCCCUCGUGAAGUCCGUAGCUGGAGUCGUCAACAAACCGCUGGAUGUGUCGUUUGAAAUCACCCUGGCUGGCUUUCAGCCCAUCUUCACCAUGAGCGCUCAGCAAAAACAACUGCAGAAUGUGACAGAAGAGCAAUAUAAAGGCUUUGUGAACAUCUAUAAGCAAAACGAUGACGCCUUGCAGUGGUUGGAGGGCUACACGGCACCGGACCUGGUCAUCGCAGAGCUGAAAGACAGCUCCAACUCUCUGUGGACCAUCAGUCCACCCAGCAGAGUCAACCUGAUGAACAUGUUGGCCUCUAAUGAGUCAUUCCCCAUCACUUUGUUCUGGUCUGUGCAGAGAAACAUCACUUUAGGUGCCAAGGCAGAAAUAGCGUCAGGAAAACGAGUGACGGAUUUAGACGAAGACACAAAGCAGAAGCUCAUAAAGAUCCUCAACGGGACUGAAAACAAUGUGACCCUAGUAAAUAUCUUCCCUCGUUUUAUUCGAGCCCCCAGUGACUCAGAGGCCAAAUCUGUCGAUCAUCUUUAUAAAGACCAUAAGAUGCUGAACAUAACCUUGACCUUGAAGCAACAUAUGGCCGGGAGUCAGACCCAGGAGUGGUGGCUCGUCAGACAGACCGAGGUCGGCCCGAUAGCGAAGAGCGAGGUCAUAGGCCUGGAGCUCUACGUAUUCAGCGACCAAGUCAGCCCGCCCAGUCUGGGCUUUCUGGCUGGAUAUGGGAUCAUGGGCUUGUAUGCCUCUGUGGUUCUCGUCAUCGGCAAGUUCGUGCGCGAGUUCUUCAGCGGCAUUUCCCACACCAUCAUGUUCGAGGAGCUGCCCAACGUGGACCGCAUCCUUAAGCUGUGCACCGACAUCUUCCUGGUCCGAGAGACGGGGGAGCUGGACCUGGAGGAGGACAUGUACUCCAAACUCAUCUUCCUCUACCGCUCUCCAGAGACCAUGAUCAAGUGGACCAGAGAGAAAACUCAGUGAAACUCAGCGUAAACUAAUGAAGGUCUGACAUUUUCAGACAGGAGCCGCUCAUUUGGGAAGUGAUCGCUCUGACGGUGUGAGCAGCCAAUUCAGGUCAGCUGAGGACCAACCCUGUCCUCUUCCACUGAACUCUGAUAGCAGCGAGACAGUGUUAGCUCCACACUAAAACACUUGAGUUAUAAACUUUUAUACUAUUCACUGAUGGAAAAACAACAGUCAUAUUAUUAACAAUUGAGGACAGAUUUGCCGGUGCUGUAUUUAUCUCGCGAAACCUGGCUCAGUUUGGCAUCCAGUGGAUAAAAUAAGCAGCUGGUGUCCAGUUUGGGACGGAGGAAUCUUUUAGGACAAUUUUCUUAAGUUAUUAAAAGUCUUAUCCCUAACAAAAAGGUAGGUUUUUAAACACAAAUGCCCUCAUCGCUCUUCACGCCUGCCUCUAACAUUUUCACAGUUUGCAUGGCAGGCGGAGAGAAACUGGCUGCAGCAUUAAUCUUUAAGGGCUUCCCACCAACAAAUAAGUGCACAAUAAUGACCACAUGAGCACAAUCUCAUAUUUUCUCCCAACUGGAACGCUUCGACUGUGGGACUGUGCAAUAUUGAGCUCUUGUUCCUCCACGUUUUUGAAGGAUGUGGACCAAGAGAAAAGACCGGUUCUAGAUAAGAAACAUGAACAUAAAGACCACCCUUUUUUUUUUUUUUUUAAAGGUCAGAAGCCACAUGGGAGCCUCCUGAGAGACACAACGCAGAAAACAUUAUCAGACAAUCUUUACUUGCCUUAUUUUGUUUGUAUGAGAAGAACUCUUGUCAACUACAUAUCUUUCUCAGGAAGAGCUGUUUUCACAGAUAUUCAUUGUAGGAGUUAUAUGUUAUAAUAUGUAGGCUUUGAUGGAUCUAAAAGAAUAUGAGAUUGUAGAAAAAGAUGAGAGCUAUUUAAAUGGCAUGAAAUUUAAUGUGGAUAUUGUUCAAAUGGACUGAUACAGAGUAUGUUUACUGCACAGGAAAGACUAUUAAGAAAGUACAUUCAGCGCUGUGGACUGUUUUCCUCACAGAGAUUAAUUGCCAAUCAUCCAUGUUCUGAAUCAUCUACAGGUUGGCUGCAGUCGAGACCAGCAGAGGGCUGUUUCUGAAUCAGGGUAACGUGCAUUCGGUGGUGGAUUCUUGCACAUCACUAGUGAACCUCUCGCUGUUUUUAACAUUCACACUCAUGAACACUGUGGUGCGUCGUGUGCAUUCAGUCAUCAAAGAAGAAACGAGCGGACACAAAAAAAGAUUCCUCACAUGAAGGGCUGAAACACGAAGCCCUAUGGUCCAAACUAUGCAUUAGAGGACAUUGUAGCAUGAUAGAAAAACUUCAAUAUUGCCAUGACUAAUUUUCAUUACAUGUACAUACAACUUUAAGGGGGACAGGUCACGGUGGAAUGAAAUGUUAAAUUGUACCUGUAUGUUUAAGACAAUGUGGUAUGAUAGAAGGUCCAGAGAUCUGCAAAUAAAACAUCUGGAAAGGUGUUGAGUUUCGCAUUCAGCUGCUGUUUGCUUGUGGGGAAGGACUGAGAGUGAGCAGGAGGGGAAUCUGUGUGUUUCAACAGGAUGUUAAUGGAAAACAGCUGCAGCUGACUGAACCUGAGACCCUCUGGUUUGAAGAUGGCCACCACCAAGGACCAAACCUGCUGCAUCAACCUUGUUUUGUUAAAGGUUCUCUAUGCGAUAUUCAGAGCAUUAAUAUAGCAGCAAACAACUAUUUGCUAUGUAAAGAUAUAGAAGAGUAAUUUCUACUCUCUCCCUCUCUGUGUGUUGUAAUGAGAGCUUCUCUGUUCUUUGUUUUGGUAGCCGGUCCGGCAGCAUGUGCAUGUGAUUCCCUCCCUUUGAAACUGUUGGCCCUCCCAACUGUUCUUCCCCUCCCUCCGCCCUGGUAAGUGUGAGUUAACCCCCAUUAAAAGGACUAUUUGUAA